UCCUGGCAAAGACAAAGUUUACGAACACGGGACCCUGAUCACGUAUUUUUUCUUCAAAAUAACAUAUAAAAUCGGCAACAUUUUCUGUAAAUAUUUGGAACCCAUGAUUUAAAAAAAAAACAUUUUGUCCUAAAAAUUGUAUUUGUAUUCGUUUGAACUCAAAACAAAAUAUGUUACUCUCUAUUGUAUCACAUUUACGUAUAAUUCACUUUAACUUCGAAAAUGAGCAACUGCCGGUUUAUUCAGCAUCUGCUUUGAACGCGAUAAAUUCCCGAGCACUGUAAAUGGAACACGAUAACUGUAACGCGCUCCACCUGCUUCAGGCAUGGUGAUAUCGGGUUCUAUUUACGCAUUGCUAGCGGGUUGUUUGGGUGCUGCCGCCUCCUUAUCGGCUAAACUUACUCUCGGUGCAGACUACCUGAAGGAAAUGUGUGAAAUCGGGCUGAGCAGCACGUUGGACGCACAACACUAUGGACCUAGUGUGUGUCACUGGCUCCACAUCCCCCUGCGUCUGCUGUGCAUCGGCCUGAUGUUCCUCUGCAAUGCUGUCAUGUGGACCUUCUUCUCCAAAGCUCUUCGCUACAGCUCUUCAUCAGCACGAGCCACUGCUACCUCUAGUGUGGGCAACUUUAUUGCGUCGGCCAUACUGGGGAACCUUAUUUUUGGAGAGUGUCAAGCAGUUCUGUGGUGGGUGGGCAUCUCUCUGACGCUAUGUGGGCUGCUGUUGCUUCAUGGAUCCACGCCUCAGGCGCUGCCACAGAAAGAAGGCAAAACGGACUAGUUGUAUGAUUAUAUUAUAAAUAUCUUUAUUGUUACUUGUCGCGAGUGGGUAAAUAGGAAUUUGCUACCAAAGAUUUGACGUUCAUAAAUCUGUCAUUAUUCUGUCCUCAGGGUCAUUUGAUGAAGAUUAAAAGUAAAUAUUUUAAUGUUCAUUUGUAUUGACAGUCAUUUAUUUUUUGUGUGAUUGUGUAACGUGUUAAUUGUGUGCAUACUUUGCACACUUGGAUAAAGCCAAACAAAGCUAGGUGGGAAGAGCAUUUAUGGCGACACCUGAAAAGAAAACAAAUGGCUUAAAGAAUAAAGUCAUAAAAUUAUGACUAUAAAGUUGUAAUGGACUUGUAAUUUUACGAGAAUUAUAACUGAAUUUUACAUUUUUUUCUUUGUUUAUAUAAAACAUUAGAAAUAUUACAGCUUUUAACGUUCCAACUUUAUCCUUGCAACAUGAAAAGCUUUUUAAUUGUACUUUCUUUUGUAUUGAUGAAAAUGCGCAUUUUCAGUUUAGAAGACCAUGAAGAUGGUGUAAAAAAAUUAAGUACUUAGUGACUUGUAGCUGGGUGUUUUUUUUUUCUGACCUCCUGUAGGUCAGAAAAAAACGUAUGAAACUUUGACAUGUAUAAUAAUGUUGUUCACGUAAGAUAUUUUUAAUGCUUUC